UGAGGACGUCGUCUUAUGCAGGAAGUCAUAUGAUGCAGGAUGCAAAUACAUAAGUAGAUAGAAUAAUAUAUGCAUAUUUUCCACAUGCACCAUUGGUGUGUGUGUAUUCAUCAACGGAAAAUGGGGUUCAUUCCACUGUUCUUUGCUACGUGUUUUACGUUAUUUGGUUAUAUAGAAAGUUGGAGGUCCUCACAGUGGGAUCAAUGUGGCUGUAGUUGGAAUGAAUGGCAAGCCUGGGAAACUUGCGAUAGCGAAUGUAAUGGUAAAACUAGUCGUGAUAGAAAUGUAAAAAUGUAUACCCACGAGCCUGGGUGUGUCUUUAGCUACUACACAUGCACUGACGAUGAAAGUGGAAAAGACUACUCGAGAUGUAAUUCAUUUUGUUACAAUGGAGGAACAUCAGACAGCUACUCUUGUAGAUGUGUGACAGGAUUUUAUGGAGAUUGCUGCAGUCAUCAGGUGAACUGUGGAAAUCCUGGAUCCAUAUCGCAUGGCAGCUUACAUGGUAGUACCUUCACGUAUGGAAGAUCGGUAAGAUAUACAUGUGAUAGUGGGUACCUGUUGGUGGGCGGAUCACCAAGUAGAAGUUGCCAACUGAUUGCACUAUGGAGUGGAAGAAAACCACGGUGCGCAUAUUAUAGGUCAUGUGGUAGUGGUCCAUGUAAGAAUGGAGCAAGUUGUACAAAUAUACCGGAUUAUUAUAAAUGUACAUGUACUCAUGGUUGGUCAGGCAAAAACUGUGAUGUAGAUAUACUGCCACCAAUAAUGACAAAUUGUUCUAGCGACAAAUACAUCAAAACAUCAGCACUUGAAAAUCUAGUAAAAUGGCAGAUACCUUCAUUCACUGAUUCACAUAAUUUUGCGAUCAAGGUUACAUCAAACUACCCUUUAAAUGAGUUCACUUUUCCAUGGGGAGAUUUUAAGGUUACCUAUACAGCUACAAAACCAAAGAACGGUUUAAGUACAAACUGUUUGUUCAGCAUCAGUUUAAGGCCAAACCCAUGUUCUACAAUCAAUGUUCCAGUUAACGGGGCUUUAAUAUGCAACAACUGGAGAACUGAUUAUGGCCAGUUUUGUACAUUUUUGUGUAGAGAGUCUUACACAGUUCCACGUGGUGUUAUGAUGGAUCACUUUUAUGUUUGUGGAGCUUCUGGAACGUGGAUGCCCUCAAAUACAAUACCUAAUUGUUCAGUGACUGCUACAAGUUUGCAUGCAGCUGGGGGAUAUUCUAUUGAUCCAACGUACUCAAAUUGUACGGCUGAUAGAAGAGAAAUGCAACAGGAUUACAUAAAGAAACUGAGUCAAUCACAUUUCAGACAAUUUUGUCAAAAGUUUCAAGAAUGUAUCCCGGAAAAUGUGUCAGUAAAGUGCUAAACGACGGUUCUGAAUAUACGUCCUCUAAUUGUUUUGACUAUGUUCAUGUUUAAUCAAUAAAUUGUACUUAUUCUA